GAGCAGUAAGAGAGGUCCCACGAUUGGGAUUCCAAGCUGGACUCUCAAAGGCCAAUCAGCUUCGGGAUCAUCCCGUUACUUUUGGGAUAAGAUGCCACGUCGUAGUGGAGGCAGAAAAAAAAAAAAAAGAGGAAAAGAUAAGACAUAUAUGGAUACACAAAGGUUACCGAAGAAAGAAGAACAAGAAGAAGAAGAGGCUGAUCACCAACCUUCUUCAACCAAUGCUUUCUCUCAAGACCAAUACAACCAUUCUAUGGAUGAUUUCGACCGCAUUUUCGACAUCACCAUUGACAGUUCAAACUGCUCUCAUGGACUCACCUGGGAUUUCUGGGAAGAAGAAUACAUCGAAGAAGAUGUGGAGGAAGAAGAAAAAAGAUUGAGUACUGAUAACGAAGGCUCAAGUUCUGGGUUUUGGGACAAUAGGUCGACGGAUUAUGAAGAUAAAGAGUUGGGUCUGAAGCUGAAUCUGAACCAUCAAGAAAGAAACACGAGAAGAGAAGCGAGUGUGUUAAGGUACAAAGAGAAGAGGCAGAGUAGGCUCUUCUCUAAGAAGAUAAGGUAUCAAGUCAGAAAACUCAACGCUGAUAAACGACCUCGUUUUAAGGGUCGGUUCGUGAAAAGGGAGACUUAAAAAGGGGAAAAAUAUCUCCAGCCUUCGUUGUGUCUUUUUCUAUUACUAUUAUUAUUUCAUAUAUUAUUUGUACCUUUCGAAAUAUCAAUAUCGACUUUUACAACUUUGUAAAGUUUUAAACGAAUAUAUCUUAUCGACGAGAAAAAAGAGAUGCAAAAUAUCAUUGAAGCAGAGGAAUUGAAGAUUACAUGAAGAGGACGUAUAUGGCAAGUCUUUGUCGUCGAAUUGGUGGGGCCUAAGUCUAAAAAGGGUUCACCACAUGUUUGAAUCGAAAACUAACCAAUCCUUUGUCGGGGCCAAGUGCCAACUACGUAUCAACAACAUCAUUACAGAAAUUUCAUAUAUUGUAGUCAGUGAAUGGCAAUGCUCCUUUAUUAACAGUGUUAUUAUUUUUAGAUUGCGUAGAAAUAACCCGGCUAAUUCCAAUGUUUUUU